CCUGCCUAGGCCCUCACUCCCAGACUGGCUUUUCCCAGGAGGCUAAAAGCAAGAAAAUCCGAGAGAAUGUCGUCCCAGACAGCAGGAAACCAGACCCCCAGUACCACGGAGGAUUACUCUUAUGGCAGUUGGUACAUUGAUGAGCCCCCAGGAGGCGAGGAGCCGGAGCCGGAGGGGCCUGUGUACUUGUGCCAGUCCAGUGCACCACUCAACCUCUUCCACAGCUGCCUAGCCUUGCUGUCGGUCCUCGUGCUGCUGUUGCUGGCUGUGCUGGUGAGGCGCCGCUGGCUGUGGCCCCACUGUGGGCAUGGCAGGCCCGGACUGCUCAGCCCUGUGGAUUUCUUGGCUGAGGACAAACCCCGAAUGGUGCCCGCCGCUGUCUUCAUGGUCCUCUUCAGCUCCCUGUGCUUACUUCUUCCUGGUGAGGACUCGCUGCCCUUCUUGGCCUUUUUCUGGACGCCAAGCCAAGGUGGAGAAAUUGAGAUGCUAAGAGGUAACUUGCCCAAGAUCACAGAGCUGAUACUAUCUGAGUCUAGAUUUGAACCCAGGGCUCUUGCCCACUCAACCAGGCCCUGGAAGAUGCUGGCUCUGCUCUAUUACCCUGCCCUCUACUACCCUCUGGCCGCCUGUGCCAUGACCAGGCACAGAACUGCUCACCUCCUUGGCAGCAUGCUGUCCUGGGCCCACUUUGGGGUCCAGGUCUGGCAGAGGGUGGAGUGUCCCCAGGGUUCCAAGAUCUACAAGUACUAUUCCCUGCUGGCCUCCCUGCCGCUCCUUCUGGGCCUCGGAUUCCUGAGCCUCUGGUACCCAGUGCAACUGGUGAGAAGCUUCAGCCAUAGAGCAGGAGCGGGCUCUGAGGUGCUGCUGAGCAGCUAUUCUGAGGAGUAUCUGAGGUACCUCCUUUGCCGAAAGAAGCUGGAAAGCAGCUCCCACACCUCCAAGCAGAAUCUCCUGUCCCAGGCCUGGAUCUGCUUCAGACACCAUAUCUACACCCCACAGCGAGGAUUCCGACUCCCUUUGAAGUUGGUGGUUUCGGCCACUCUGACAGGGACAGCCAUUUACCAGGUGGCUUUGCUGCUGAUGGUGGGCGCGGUCCCCACCCUCCAGAAGAUGAGGGCAGGCAUCACCACGGACGUCUCGUACCUGCUGGCCGGGUUUGGGAUCGUGCUCUCAGAGGAUAGGCAGGAGGUGGUGGAACUGGUGAAACACCACCUGUGGGCAGUGGAAGUUUGCUACAUCUCAGCUCUGGUCCUGUCAUGCUUACUCACCUUCCUCAUCCAGAUUUACUCCCUGGUGAUGCACAGGGCCAACCUGCGAGCUCUGUACCGAGGGGCUGCCCUGGAUCUGGGCUCUCAAUCCCAGAGCACCCACCCCUCUCGCCAGGCCAUAUUCUGUUGGAUGAGCUUCAGCGCCUACCAGACUGCCUUCACUUGCCUUGGACUCCUGGUGCAGCAGAUCAUCUUCUUCCUGGGCACCAUGGCCCUCGCUUUCCUGGUAUUCAUGCCUGUGCUCCAUGGCAGGAACCUCCUGCUCCUCCGAGCCCUAGAGUCCUCAUGGCCCUUCUGGCUGACCUUGGCCCUGGCUGUGACUCUGCAGAAUUUGGCGGCUCACUGGGCCUUUCUGGAGACUCAUCAUGGACGCCCAGAGCUGACCAACCGGCGAGCUCUCUAUGCAGCCACCUUCCUUCUGUUCCCUAUCAACAUGCUGGUGGGCAUCACGGUGGCUGCCUGCCGAGUGCUCUUCUCUGCCCUCCACAAUGCCAUCCACCUCAGCCAGAUGGACCUGAGCCUGCUGCCGCCUAGAGCCACCAUUUUCGACCCUGGCUAUCAUACAUACCGAAACUUCUUGAAGAUUGAGGUCAGCCAGUCGCAUCCAGCUGUGACAGCCUUCUGCACCCUUCUCCUACAAGGGCGGAGACCCCAGCCCCAGCCCCUGGCAGGCCCUCAGAAUGGCCUCAGACCUGAGGAAGAAGAAGAAGGAAUGCAGUUGCUGCAGACCAAGGACUCCAUGGCCAAGGGAGCAGGGCGCAGGGCCAGCCAUGGCAGGGCCCGCUGGGGUCUGGCCUACACACUGCUCAACAACCCAGCCCUACAGGCCUUCCGGAAGCGGGCCCUCUCAGGCGCCUAG